GCAACAGCCAAACCAAAUGAACAGCAUGCGUGCCAUGGGAAUGGCGAACCAGCAGCAGCAGCAGCAGCCGGGAGGCAACGCGGUACGUCUGAUGAUGCCACCGAACCAGCUAGUGACGAGUGGCGGCAUGCUGCAGCAAAACGCUACCGACGGUAUGCUGGGCCAGAAUGCGGCCAACCAGCAGGGAGGCGGCGGUGUGCAGCAGACGCAAGCGAAUCCCUCCAUCAUUCCAAUGGGAGCGGGUAGCGGCGGCGGCAACCAGAUGCUGUUCAGUCCCGGCGACGGUAGCACGCUGACGAACAGCGGGGCGGUAGUGUGCAGCACGUCGACCACGGGCGGCGGCGGCGGUAUGCAGACGAUGACGUCCCAGUCGAUGCCGCUGAUGAACGCGACCAACACGAGCACGAUGAGCGGCGGCGGUGGCGGCGGGGGACCAAACACGAGCAGCUUCGCGGCGGGCAGUGGUGCCGGUGGAGGUGGUGCAGGCGGUACCGGCGGUACCAACCCGUCGAUGGUGGCGGUGCCGGUGCAGGGUACGAAGGACUGGCACCAUUCGGUCACGCCCGACCUGCGCAACCAUCUGGUGCACAAGCUGGUGCAGGCGAUCUUUCCCUCGCCCGAUCCGUCCGCCAUGUUCGACAAGCGGAUGUACAAUCUGGUCGCGUACGCGAAGAAGGUCGAGGGCGACAUGUACGAGAUGGCCAACUCGCGCUCGGAGUACUACCACCUGCUAGCGGAGAAGAUCUACAAGAUACAGAAGGAGCUGGAGGAGAAGCGCCAGAAGCGCAAGGAGCAGCAGAUGCAGCUGCAGCAGCAACAGCAGCAACAGCAGCAGCAGCAGCUGAACGCGGCCGGGCAGGUAGUGGGCGGUGCCGGUGCCGGCGGUGCUGGCGCGAAUGCCGCCGGCCAGCUGCUGCGCCCGCUCAACCACAACCACCAGCAGCAGGUGAACCUGCUGGGCGGUAUGAACGCGGCAGCGGGCGCUAACAACCCGGCCGCCAUGCAGCAGAUGCGGCACGGCGGCGGCGCCGGUGGGCUGAUGAACCAGGCGCAGAACAGCCUCGGCGGCCAGCUGGGACCGAACAGCCGGCUCGGCGUGGUAAACGCGCAGCAGCAGGGCGGUGGACCGGGCGGCCAAACGCAGCAGCUGUUUGUGGCGCAGCCGGGCCCGAGCCCGAACGGCAAUCUGGUGCACGGCGCGGGCGGCACUGUGCUGCCCGGCGGGCUUUCUCCCUUCGCCCAGCAGCAGCAACCGAACAACCAUGCGCAGGGCAUGGUCGGCGUGCCGCAGCAGCAACCGCAGUCAGCAACCGCAAUAAACCAGCAGUCAUUCCUCAACGGACCGGCGAUGAUGGACAGCUCCUCGCAGCUGCAGCAGUUCAACGACAUCGUGCGGGCCAAGUGCGCCAACCUCAGUGGUGGCGGUGUCGACGGUACGCAGCAGCAGCUCGGACAGCUCUCCAGUGCCCUUACCGGUCAGACGAUGGCGCAAGGGAUGCGCACGGCGUUCGGUGGCGUCAAUGCCAGCGCGGCGCAGCAACAGCAGCAGCAGGGAGCCAAUCCGGGCAACAAUCCUGGUGCGUCCGGCGGCAUGUUUGUCAACACAAUCAACCCCGGUGGCGGCGGUGGUGGUGGUGGUGGUGGUGGUGGCGCCGGCGGCUUCAAGCUGAUGAGCGGCGGCAAAGCUCAGGCUCAGCAGCGCAACAUGGCUCUACUGUCGGGUAUGGGCGGAGGUGGAGGUGGCGGCGGCGGCACCGGCGGUGCUGGCACAAUCGGCAGUGCGGGAGGAGCCGGCACAGGCGGUACCGGGCUGACCGGUACAGCAGAUCUCCUAGCCAGCAGUCCGUACGGUGUCGUCGGUGGGGCGGGUGGAACGAUCGGCCCCAAUGCAACCACCGUGGCCACGUCGAACGGGCCCAUGCUGCCCUCCCCGGCAGGGAACAGCAGCACGUCCAGCAACAGUAUUGUACCGCUACUACUCACGCCCGGAGGACCACCGUCGACGGAAUCAUCGUCGGCGGGCGUCGGUGACGGGCUCGGCGGACCGACCGCCACAGCCGGUGCGUCCUCGGCCUUGCCCGUUGGCGGCGGACUCCUUCCGCCAGGCAGCUCGCUGGGCGGAACGAUGGUGACCGGGGCGGCCGCCACCGCCACCCUCUCGCUGAACGGCAGCUCUACCACGACGACGCCGGCAACGACGCCGGCCACCCCGGGCAGUGGGGCCGCCCUGCCAUCCACGUCCACCGUGCUUCCCGCCUCGACCGGCAACCUUAGCGGAGGGUCCGGCACGACGAACACCACCGCCAACGGGGCCAGCACGCUCACCACGUCGGUGGGCAUGUCGGUCAGCCGCAUGACCUCGUCCUCGUCCUACAGCUCGCAGAUGGCCGCCCUCGAGGCGGCGAUGGCACGGGACAAGGAAGACUCGCCCGAGCAGCCGAGCAGCAGUGGCGCGAAGGACGCCAGCGCUGGUGGCGGUGGUGGCGGCGGCGGUGGCUGUGGCAGCAAGAACAACAAGGGCAAGUUCGAGAUGAAGCGCGAGGAGGACAUCAAGAGCGAGCCGGACAGCAACCACAUGGACACGUCGGGCGGCGGCGAGAGCGGCGGCAAGAACGUGAACAACGAGUGCAUGAGCAUGAUGGCGCACGAAAUCAAGUCGGAGCUGAUGGACGGUUCGGACGGCAGCAGCAGCGGCGGCAGCAGCGGCAAGAACAAGCUGGACGUGACCUCGUUCAAGGUGGAGGUGGAGCAGGGCCGCCCCGGCAGCCCGAAGGCGAAGGUGAUGAAGACGGAGCUGAAGGCGGGCAUCUACCCGGAGCCGACCAUCCAGACGAACGCGAGCGACAACAAAAAGAAGUGCUCGUUCAAGCCGGAGGAACUGCGGGAGGCGCUGCUGCCCACGCUCGAGAAGCUGGUCACGCAGGAACCGGAAUCGAUCCCGUUCCGCAUGCCGGUCGACCCGAACUCGCUCGGCAUACCCGACUACUUCGACAUCGUCCGCCAGCCGAUGGAUCUGAGCACGAUCCGGAAGAAGCUGGAGAGCGGCCAGUACCAGGAUCCGCGCGAGUACGUCGACGACGUGUGGCUCAUGUUCGACAACGCCUGGCUGUACAACCGGAAGACGUCACGCGUCUAUCGCUACUGCACCAAGCUGUCGGAGGUGUUCGAGAUGGAGAUCGACCCGGUGAUGCAGUCGCUGGGCUACUGCUGUGGCCGCAAGUAUACCUUCAACCCGCAAGUGCUGUGCUGCUACGGCAAGCAGCUAUGUACCAUUCCACGAGACGCAAAGUAUUACAGCUACCAAAACCGCUCUUUUGGGGCAUUAUCUACCAGAUACACGUACUGUCAGAAGUGCUUCAACGAGAUACCGGGCGAUACGGUUACGCUUGGUGACGAUCCGAUGCAGUCGCAAACCCAAAUCAAGAAGGACCAGUUCAAGGAGAUGAAAAACGAUCACCUCGAGCUGGAACCGUUCGUCGACUGUCUCGACUGCGGGCGCAAGCAGCACCAGAUCUGCGUGCUCUACCUCGAGUCCAUCUGGCCGGGCGGGUUCGUGUGUGACGCCUGCCUGAAGAAGAAGGGCCAGAAGCGGAAGGACAACAAGUUUAACGCGAAGCGUCUGCCCACGUCCAAGCUCGGCACGUACAUCGAGACGCGGGUGAACAACUUCCUGAAGAAGAAGGAGGCCGGCGCCGGCGAGGUGCACAUACGCGUCGUCUCCAGCUCGGACAAGAUGGUGGAGGUGAAGCCGGGCAUGCGCAGCCGGUUUGUCGAGAACGGCGAGAUGCUGCCCGAGUUCCCGUACCGCGCGAAGGCACUGUUCGCGUUCGAGGAGGUGGACGGCGUGGACGUGUGCUUCUUCGGCAUGCACGUGCAGGAGUACGGGUCGGAGUGUGCGGCACCGAACACGCGGCGCGUCUACAUCGCCUACCUCGACUCGGUGCACUUCUUCCGACCGCGCCAGUACCGCACGUCCGUCUACCACGAGAUACUGCUCGGGUACAUGGACUACGCGAAGCAGCUCGGCUACACGAUGGCGCACAUCUGGGCCUGCCCGCCGUCCGAGGGCGACGACUACAUCUUCCACUGCCAUCCGCCCGAGCAGCGGAUACCGAAGCCGAAGCGGCUGCAGGAGUGGUACAAGAAGAUGCUGGACAAGGGCAUGGUCGAGCGUACCAUCCAGGACUACAAGGACAUCCUGAAGCAGGCGAUGGAGGACAAGCUGCAGUCGGCGUCCGAGCUGCCGUACUUCGAGGGCGACUUCUGGCCGAACGUGCUGGAGGAAAGCAUCAAGGAGCUGGACCAGGAGGAGGAGGAAAAGCGCAAGCAGGCCGAGCGCGAGGAGGCGGCGAACGCGAUGAUCAUGUCGAACGAUGACAGCGACACCGUAGCCGACGGUAAGAAGAAAGGCCAGAAGAAGGCGAAAAAGUCCAACAAGUCGAAGGCAGCUCAGCGUAAAAGCAACAAGAAAACCAAUGAACAGAUUGGCAACGAUCUCAGCGCAAAGAUAUUUGCCACCAUGGAAAAGCACAAGGAGGUGUUCUUCGUCAUCCGGCUUCAUUCGGCGCAGUCGGCUGCCAGCUUAGCGCCCAUCCAAGAUCCGGAUCCACUAAUCAACUGUGAUCUGAUGGACGGGCGUGAUGCGUUCCUGACGCUCGCGAGGGACAAGCAUUUCGAGUUUUCUUCGCUACGCCGGGCACAGUUCAGUACGCUCUGCAUGCUGUACGAGCUGCACAACCAGGGCCAGGACAAGUUUGUCUACACCUGCAACAACUGCAAGAACCACGUCGAGACGCGAUACCACUGCACCGUCUGUGACGAUUUUGAUCUCUGUAUUACCUGUAAGGAGAAGGUGGGCCACCAGCACAAGAUGGACAAGCUGGGUUUCGAUCUGGACGACGGUUCGUCCCCGUCGGACGUGAAGCAGACGAACCCGCAGGAAGCGCGCAAGCAAUCGAUCCAGCGCUGCAUCCAGUCGCUGGUGCACGCCUGCCAGUGCCGCGACGCCAACUGUCGCCUGCCGUCCUGCCAGAAGAUGAAGCGGGUGGUGCAGCACACGAAGCACUGCAAGCGAAAGACGCACGGCGGUUGCCCGAUCUGCAAGCAGCUGAUAGCGCUCUGCUGCUACCACGCGAAGCACUGCCAGGAGGCGAAAUGCUUGGUACCGUUCUGCCCGAACAUCAAGCACAAGCUGAAGCAACAGCAGCUACAGCAGAGAUUGCAACAGCAGCAGCUUCUUCGGCGCCGUAUGGCGGUGAUGAACACGACCCGGCUCGGUGCACCGACGCCGCAGAUACCGCAGAACAGCAACGGCGGUGGCAGCAGUCUGAGCAGCGCCGUCUGCUCGACCAACGUCAUCGCCGGCUGCUCGGUGGCCCCGUCCGGGCCGGUUAGCAACACGAUGGCGAUCGGUGUGCCGGCGAGCGGCGGUGGUGUCGUCACCAGCAUGGCGUGUGGUGGGCUAAACAAUGCCGGCGCGGGUGCCAUGAGUCCGUCGGCCGUGCCAAACACGGUCCAGAUGGGUGGAAUGGGCAGCCCGCACCACGGUGGUAUCGGCAUGAAGCCGGGAGCACAAACACCGCCGGCGAAUGUGCUGCAAGCCGUCAAACAGGUACAGGAGGAAGCCGCUCGCCAGCAAGCGCCCCAUGUGGGCUAUGGCAAGGUCAAUCCCGUAAUGAUACCGCCAGUAAUGGCGCGUGCCAUACCGGCCGGCCAUAUGAACGCGGGUGGCGUCGGUGUGAACGUGUCGGGCGUGGGCGUGAUGCCCAAUGCGCAGCAGCAACCGAAUGCGGUGGGCGUGGCGAUGGGUGGACCGGGCGGUGGUCCGGGCGGCCUCGGCCAGAACGUGAUGCAAAUGGACCAGUGGAACACGCGCUACCCGAACGGUGGCGGUCCGGGCAUGCGACCAACGCUCCCCGGCAUGAUGCAGCAGCCGCAGCAGCAACAGCCACAGAACACGCUCCAGACGGGCAUCAUGGGUGGCGGUGUCGGAGGUGCGCAGAUGAUGGCCGGCAUACGGCAGGGCCCGGUCGCCAUGCAGGGUGGCAUGAUGGGCAAUGCCCAGCAGCAGCAGGCCGGCGGGCAACAGAACCAGCCCGGUCAAACGCAGAUGGCCACGCAGCCGAAGCAGGCGAUCGCACAGCUCAUGGCGACCCUCAAGAAUCCGGCCGCCGGUCCGGAGCAGCAGCAGCAGCUCCUGUCGAUACUGAAGGCCAAUCCGCAACUGAUGGCUGCCUUCAUUAAGCAACGACAACAACAGGCGGCUCAUCAGCAGAAUCAAAAUCAAGUGGGAAUGCCGCAGCAACAGCAACAGCAGCAGGUGCAGCAGCAACAGCAGCAGCAAGCGCAGCAGCAGCAGCAACAGCAGCAACAGCAAGUCCAGCAGCAGCAGCACAACGUCAUGCAUCCCGGUGGCUCACAGGUGCAGCAGGUGCAGUCUGGCCAGCCGGUAAUGGUGUACAAUCCGACGACCGGCGGGCAGAUGGCAGCGAACCGCAUGCAAGGCGUACAGGGUAUGCCGGGCGGCGGCAAACCGGGCAACAAUCCAUCCAUGCAAAUGCCGCUGCAGCAACAGCUCUGGUACAAGCAGCAGCAGGCGCAGCAGCAGCAGCAGCAGCAGCAGCAACAGCAGCUGAUGCUGCACCGACAGCUGGCCAUGUCCGGCGGUAACAUUCCACCCGUCCCACCGUACAACCAGCGUCCCCGGCCGCAGCAGCAGAUGGGCGGCGGGUACGGGCAGGGUGGCGGCAUGUUCCCCGACCAGCAGCAGUACAUUCAGCAGACGAUGAAGCCGAACCCGCAGGCACAGGGCGGCGUCGGCGUGAACGUCUUGUCCCAGCAGCUCCAGCAGCAGCAGCAGCAGGGCCAGGGCCCGAACCAGGGCAUCAUGGGGCCACCGAACCCGCAGCAGCUCGCCAUGCAGCAGCAGCUGAUGCAGUCGGUCCGGUCGCCGCCACCGAUUCGCAGCCCGCAGCCCCAGCCGUCCCCGCGGGCGGUACCGUCGCCGCGGGCUCAACCGUCCGUGUCGCCGCGUGCGCAACCGUCGCCGCACCACAUUCCGUCCCAUUCGCCCGUGCCAGUGCAGCCGGGCGACGUAGUGCUGCACAACCACAUGCACUCGGGCCACCAGCCGGGCAACGUGGUUGGCAUGGGAGGUGGCCUGGGCAACGUCGGCAUGCCAGGUGCGGGCACCGGUAACGUGGUCGGAGUGGGCGUCGUCGGUGUGGGCGGCCCAGUGAACGCCAUGUCGGUGGGCGGCGGCAUGGGCGGCGUGGUGGGCGUAGUCGGCGGGCUCGGUGGCGGCAACGUGGUGGGCGUGGGAGGCGCGGGCGGUGUGCAGCAGGAUCUGUCGCAGGGCGUCGGUAUAAUCGGCCCGGGCGGAAACGGGAACGCUGGCGAAACCUCCCUGCCAGACCAGCUGACCAAGUUUGUCGAACAGUUGUAGUAGUAUUCUGGAAAAAGUCAACGUAGCGGGUAGAAACGUACUAUUUUGAUAUUAUUAGUUUGUUUUAGAAUAAUUAGUUUUUUUUAGUACAGAUGUUUACAAAUCGUAUGUAACUUAAGUGAAGUGUGGUUCCGUUCUGAUAGGGACAAAGAAAGCAUUACGCAAGCAUUACGACAAGAAAGGAUAGUAUAUUUGUUUACCAAUUGUGACGGAAGGUAAAGUGAAAAGUACGUGGCUGCGCAUAUAAGCAAGGAAAACAGCAAUUUAAGGAUAUAGUUUCAUUGAGCAGAGCGAAGGCUGUAUAAUUGUACAUAGAUAUUGUUCGAUUUUCGUUCAACAGGGCGAAAGUCGGUCCUAUUCGCUGUCAAUAGUUAAAUGUUCAUUAGUUCUAUUCCAACCAAUACCCUGAACACAAUUUUUGUUUGUUUUUUAAGGGCUCGUAUUCUAGGCUUAGGACGAAGAUUUUUUUUUUCUAUUUCGUUAUAAUGUAUCACAAACAUAGGUGGAGAGCGAUUGUGUAGCACUCACACGUAGAUCACGCGAAAAAUCAUACGGUUUAAGUAAUGAAUUGCUCGAUUUGAAGCCAUUUUUCUCAGGUUUCAUUAAUUACCUUCGAAACACUUGCACACGCGCUCGCGCUAUAAAAAGAAAAGAACUCACCUGCAUACGUCAUAACUAUAUUAGUUUAUUAUCAUGUAUAGAUAUAUACAUAUAUACAUAUAUAUAUUUUCUCCAUGUUCAUGGUGUAAAUAUGCAAGUCUCCGAAACGUCUUCGUCCUUUAACAUGUGCAUAAUGAUUGUGGCAGGUUCAAUAAGCGCGGGCCCGUAAAGCAUGUAGUAGGCCAAACGAGAAGCGACUAGCGCAAAUUUAACUCUGCGUGAUUUACCUUCAAAUAAUACUGUGUUCCAGUGCGUUUUCAGUUAACACGAAAGCUCUAGUGCGUGUUAAUCUAUUUUAUAAAGCUGUACAUAUUUAAAUCCCUUUUUGAAAGAUGAAGAUCGGAGAGAGGAACCAGGGACAUGUAGAUUACGGAUGAGGGCGGGGUACAGGGGCGAGAUAGAAACGUGCGGUGUAUAGGAAAAUUGGUAAGAAAAAUCAGAAAACAAACAACACAACCAAGAGAGCAGAACAAACCAGAAGAACGACACAAAAGGCCUUGCUAGCGAAGUGGUGCAGUAACACGUGUAAAAGAAAUGCAAUUUGUAUAGGUAAAAAAACAUACAAAACAAACAAACAUUAGACUUUUGAAUUUAGUGUAUUCUUCGAAAGGGAGUUAGCGCGAGUGCAAUUUUAUAAUGCAGUCGCCGUCACACAUCCACUCGCUCGCACACCACACUACAGCUUAACCACCCAAGCUUGCGUACGGGGGUUUUGAAUGGUUUUUUUUGUACAUCUUACACUAAACGAUCUUAUCACAUAAGUUCUACAGUAAGGUGGUCCUCAAUGCACGUAUACGCGCAAUCUGCAAAGUAGAAUGUUUUCCGUUUUUUCGACACUAAAGUAUUUUUAAAAUCCUUCAAAGAAAAUUUAAGUACUCGUUAGCAAUCCUUUACCGGCAUUAGGUUGCGUAUUUUCCCUUGUUUGUAUUUAUUUGCAUCCUUUUCUUUUCUUAUCUAACAUUGCUUAUUCGGUCGUGUGGGUUGCAGUAGUCAAUUCGUACGACUUAACAACCCAAGGGUGUUGUUUCUCGAACUUGAACGGCUCGAUUUUUUUCAUACGCAGAGCUGACUACCCAUUCUGUUUUAUGCGCCCUGCUACGGUUGUUGCACCAAGAAAGAGGAUUUGCCCGUUUGUUUUUGUCCCAAACUGACUGCACUUUUUGGGCUCCGGCGAGUGUGCGCGUGUGCUUGUGAAAAUGUGGGUAUGGCUAGUUGGGACAAAGUCACUUAAAAUAAGCUGGAAAAAGUAGUACGAUACAUUGGAGCUGGAGACUCUGGUGUGUGUGUGUGUGUGUGUAACGAGACCACCCCGUAAGCUUUAAAACCGAAGAGCAAGCAAGAUUUAAUUUAGGCAGUAAAAAGUGACACAAAUCACAUUUAAAAGCAAAGCAAUGGUGUCCUGUGUAUCCGAUUCCCGCCCUUCCCGACGCCCCGUUGUACUCUGUCACCUUGUGUGACAGAAGCCUGGGAUGUGGUGGGAGGGUGGUGAGUUUGAACUACGAACAAGACUUACUUCUUCGAUAAGUGGAAACGUGCGCUUUUACUACGUUCUGUACAUAUAGAUUUGAUUUUAUCCGGCUAUAAACGUGGUCAGGGCCUGUUAACAAACUCUUUGCUGGCUUUGUAUUAAAAAGUGUAUUCUAGCAAUAAUCCCAAAACUGGCAAGGUAAAGAGACGCGAAGAAGGGAGGGAGAAUUUGAGAGUUCGCGAGACAGAGAGAAUAGAGGAUAGGGUAGUAGUAGCACGUUCUCCCAUCUUUCAUUUCAAAAAACCCUCCACCACCCAUAUCUCAGGAUGAGUGCACACAAUAUACCACAUUCACGUUCACAAUAUUGGGUGAGCCUUUUCCAGCGUGAAUGUGCGCUGUGUUUUCUUUUAUUAAAUUCCUAUUUCAUCUGAUUUUUUUUUGUAAAAAAUAACGAGUGGGAGAGAGAGAGAGAGAGAGAGAGAGAGAGAGAGAGAGAGAAUAGAGAGAAAGAGAAAGAUACAAAGAGAGGGAAGAUGUAGGAUGAUCUUUCUCGACAAAGACAAAACGAAAGGUAGGGCAAUUGAAGAGAAAUUGUUAUGUGGCUGUGUCGUCGUUAUUAUACGCACCAUCAGAGUGCGGUUAACCGCCUGAUGGAAAAUGGUUUAUGCGCGGUUCGCGUCCCGUUUUUCUACUGUCUUGCUGCACAUACGCCCAACGUAGGCGGGGCGAGGGGACAGACCAUUUGUGAUUAGUUUCCCUUACCUUAUUCGUUUUAGUUAUCGUAGUUAUAACAAGCAAUCCUUACUGGCGUGCAAGCUAAGGCCGUACUACAAAAAAGAAAAGAAAGGAAAACAAGAGAGUAAGACAGCAAAUGAACAUACAACAUACAUCACACGAUCUGACUUGAUUUUCACUUCCUCUUUAAUUAUAGCGUAACGGUUAGUACGUAAGGAAGCAUACAGACGUGUUUAGUUAUUAUAAUGUGUAUACAUAUAUGUAUUUAUAUAUGUAUAUAUGCAUACAUUAAACGUUCACACACUUUUUCACGCUUGUUUAAUAAUUUAUCUAUCCGCGAUCGCUUUCGAUUCUUGUAAUUGUGUGCACAGGUGUAUAUAUAUAUAUAUACGUAACAAAACAAAUGUUCUAAAGAAUAAUAUUUAAGUAUAAUAUACACAUACCCUACACACCUAGCACCCACCCACCCCUUCCAUCCUUUCCCAUUCUGUUGCUGUUGCUGUCGAGCGCUUAGAGAGAUUCGAAGAAACACGACACCAAUGGAAAUUCCAACUGGUACAACAACACACCCACGUACGUACGUACAAUAUCAUUGCCCAUUACCUCUCCCCCUCUCCCCUCCCGCCACCGUACCUCCCUUUCUACUUUCCUUGACCACCCCCUACCUCUCAUUCUUCCAUAUCCCAAAUGCUCAAACGCGAACAAUAUCAUCCCAGUCCGCAGUUCCACGUUAGGCGGUAAAGCAAAAUGUAAUCUGUAUCCUUUAUACAUAAAGCUAGGAUUACGAUUGGAAAUAAUUUAUAACACAAAAUGCCACAUUUAAUAUAAAUAUAUUCUAUACAUAAAUGUAGCAUAUAGGAGGGAUAGUUCGUGUCUCACACCACUCGAAGAUCGCUGUUCAAACUAAUUUUGAGAUGUAGGCGAUAAAAUGCGAGCAAUGGAGAGGGGGAGGGUAAGAAAAAAACGCAGAAGCGUUAGAACGGAAAAUUAACACUAGAACAUAAAAAAAGGAGGCAGCAGGUCGAUGAUACUGUAAAUUGAAUAGAAAACGCAUGCGGGGUUUAUAAGCAAAAUGUACUGAGCAAAAGGGUUUAGCAGCAGCAGCAGCAAACAGAAGCAAAAAGCAAAAAAAACGGGAUGACAGAGAAAACGAAGCGUGUGUGUGUGUUUGCAUGUAUCCGCUGUUGCAACGAAAUCAUCACACACAACAACAAAAAAGCUCACCCACUUCGUUUUCUCUCCUAACUGCAAUUGCGCGUGGUUUAAUUUAAUAGUCCUACCAGUAAUUGAAGCAAAAGCAAAACAAAAGCAAAACAUCCUUCAUACUUACAAGCUCUAUAAUAAUUAAAUAGAAAAAAAGGAAAGAAACAAUUAUGUUGAAACGAUGUACUAUUACUGCUAAAUGUAAAGAGGAGAGAGGAUCGUGAAAACGAUGUACGGGACGGGAGAAGUAUACAAUAAGCACGGUAGAGCGAGGAAGGGUAAAGAGAAAAAUCGGAAACAAAGAAACAAACGAACAUAAAAUGUAUACAAAAUCAAGAAUGUACUA